CAGGUCUGUAUAGCGCCAAGACUAGUGUAAAGAGAAUUGUCGAACCAAUGCCUUAUUUAUUGUGUCUUUAGACGGAGGUCCGCUCCGAGUGGUGGUAGAUCUGGUCAUCAUUAGCAUGAGCAGAAUGGAUGAUAACAAUAUGGAGUACACCAUCUCAUUCUAUUUGCGCCAGCACUGGCACGACCCCCUCCUACGAUACAACAAGUCCUCCCUCGUCAACGUGACCGCCUCGUACGCAACGCUUUAUUACGCUACUGUAGACAAGAUCUACCGUGAUGCUCUCAUGGGUCUCCUUCUCCAUCAGCCCCAACUCGGCACCAGGUCGCUGUGCUCUUGGUAUUAUCACCAUGUUGGCAGUAGGCGGAUUCCUCACUGGACAACAACGACCUUACCCAGUAGUCUCGUAUGUGACAUCGGCUGACCUGUACGUCAUGGUGUGCUACGUGUUCGUGUUCUGUGCCCUUCUCGAGUACGCCGUGGUUCACUACUUCUUCGUCUACGAAAAGCAAAUCCAUCAAUUCCAACUUCAACAACAAAUGGUGAGUCAUGCCAUGCUUUUUCUUCUUAUUCUUUUUUCUGUACCUUUAAAAGAAUUAUCCCGUCCUUUAAAAGACCACUUCCCAAGCUUGUUCCGGUACCAGCGCAGGUUACAUCCGCGACGACCCUCAUCCUUAUGCAUAAGCAAGGAAGCACGGAUGGCUUGGUGUGUUAGCGCGUCGGCCUCUCACUGCUAUGGCCCAGGCUCGGAUCCUGGCUCUAACUGGGGAUUUUUCGGAGUUCCUGCCCUGAUUCGAGUUAGUUAAAGUUAUUCUGCUGUGUUUCCAGUCUUCUCGGAUAAGGACACUAAACCGGAGGUCCCGCACUACACUAACUAAUCGAAGGUAGAACACGAGAAAAUGAAGAAGUGAUUGCAAAUAGUCAAUAAAUUAAUUCUGAUUAUCCUGUCAAUCAUAUCAUAUAAAGAUUUACUAGUAGUAGCACCCACAAAAAUGACACCAUAGAGAAUAGUUUCUUUAAAUCGAGUUGAUCUAAAGUAAAAGUGACAGCGACUGAUUUCCAGUAAGUUUGCAUGACUAUUAUUUUGUAAAUAUCAAAGGAAUGUGAUUCAAGUUUGAAAAUUAAAAGAUAAACGAACUUUGUA